AUUUUAAAACUUCUAUAAUGUAAGCUUAUAGCUACAUCAUAAGCAACAAGUUAAUAGUGUAUAAAUCAGUUUUGUUAGAUAACCUUAAUAAUUUAGUUUUUGAAAUGGCGAUAAUUAAGCUUUACAGACUAACAAAUUGGAAGAACAGUGGAGGGAAAAAGAUCCAAAUUUAACAUUUAAAAAAAUAAAGUAUUCAUCAACAUAGCUAUUCUGAAAGCGUUUGUUAGGAAAGAAGAAAAAUAAUCGUUCCCAAAAUAAUCACUUACGGCUAAUGUUGCGUUUAAAAUUUAUGCUUAACUUAAAAAAAGGAAAAGGAAAAAUAACCUGUACUAUGUUUAUAGCCUAUAUUAUAAACGAGCUGAUCUAAGUUGUCACGCCAAUCUUGUGAAUCAAGGGGUUCCACUUCAUGCGGGCUUGAGCAGGUAUGGGACAAUAGCGAAAUUGCACAACCGCUUACAGGAAGUUGAAAGAAUACAUUGAUGGGUCGUCACCUGUGUCACUCCUCGACUGUGCCACCCACCAUUAUUUUAUUUCUCAGUCAACGGGCCUCGGUCUCUCUAACAGAUAGGUCAGCCAUGAUGAAGACAUUGACCCGACGCGAUAAAAUUCGGUAGAAAAAAGUUUGCUAAAAUCCUUAAAAUUUGUUAUAAACUUAAUGUUAAACAACUCUCCGUUCUUGAUUAUUUCAUGCAAACAGAAAUCAAGCAUUGCUUCUUCACUUCUUUUCCUAUCCGUCGUCAUAAUUGAACCGUGACGUCAUGCACUCAACUCACGUAAUCGAUCAGCGGUCCAUUUAAUGGACGCAAUUUAUGUUACGUCAUACAGGCGUGGUUUUUGUCGACUUGUCGACACUCGAAGCGACAACGCAUUCAACAGGUGUUAGUUUUGUGUUAUUCACUGUUGGAUGUAUAUUUGAGGAGUAAAAAAAACGAGUCGAAAGAUGUAUCCUGACGUUAACAGACAGUGGAUAUGGACAUCGUCCGUCUAUUAACUCGUGCAUUGGAAGUCCUUCUAUGUACAUUCUGUUACAGGAAGGCACGUAGAAAAGAUAAAGAUGUUUCAGUUCCCUCUCAAGAAGAACCUAAAUUAUAUUUGGAAUCUGCAGUUUUGGAAUGUACAGUUCCAGAAACAAGAUUACGUGAAACAGUGGAAUUACCUCCAAGAUUAGACUAUAAUGAAUGGCUUGCUUCUCAUACACUGGCAUUUUUUGAUCAUAUUAAUCUUAUUUAUGGGACAAUCUCAGAGUUUUGUACAAUGUCUGGAUGCCCUGAUAUGACUGGACCAGGAGGAAGGCAAUAUUUAUGGUUUGAUGAAAGAGGAAAGAAAUGUAAAGUUGCAGCUCCUCAAUAUAUAGACUAUGUGAUGACGUUCACACAGAAAACAGUGAAUGACGAAUGUAUUUUUCCUACAAAAUUUGAUAAAGAAUUCCCUAGUUCCUUUGAAUCAAUUGUAAAAAAAAUUCAUCGGCUGUUAUUUCAUGUAAUAGCCCAUCUUUAUCAUGCCCAUUUUAAAGAAAUAGUCUUACUGAAUCUUCAUGCUCAUUUAAAUAGCUUAUUUUGUCAUUUCGUACUUUUUAAUGAACAAUUUAAAUUAAUUGAUGAAAAGGAAACUGAACUGCUCCAAGAUCUUGCGGUAGCAUUGAAAAUUUAUUCUAGUGAUGAAAAAAACUGUAAAGAUACAAAAGAUUGCUUGAUAUCUGAUAAAAAAUUAAAUGGAAAAAGUCACAAAGAAAGUGAGAACCUUUCAACAUCUGAGAGGUUGGAAGAUAUAAUGAAGAAUGAAGGAAAUGGGAAUCUUACUCCAUCAUCUGUACUCCUUCCAACAUCACAAUCAAUACCAUCCUCAAUUACAGCCUUACAUUCUAGGACAAAUUCUGGAGGUCAUUCAAACCCCAGUCUCUGUGCUCUGGACUCAACAAUAUUUACAAGUCCAACACCUCUUGCUGCCUCUUGUGGAUCAUCUCCUGUUAAAUUUCAGUAGUAAACAUACUAUCUGAUAUUGUACAAGUACUACAAUAUUUCAUAUUGUGCAAAUAGCAUUUUUAUUAAAUGAUUAGUCACAAUAUGAUUCUACUGACUCACAAAUGCACUGUUUCAAAAUAUAAUAGUGCAAUUAGUAUUGAUAUAGAUAAUAUAAUUGAUAUCAGAAAUGAUAAAAAUUUAAAAAUCAGUGUGUUCUUUACUUCUUGAUUGCCUUCAAUAGGAAAAUCCUAAAAAAUCUUUUGUCACUAUGUUUUCUUUCUACCUAAACAAUUUUAUUAUUUUUAAUUAAGUGAUAAAUUAUAGUACUAACCAAUGCAUAAUUAUACAGUAAAAAAAAAUUGUUAAUUAAAUUUGAUAGGAGUAUAAUUUAGAAAUGUCAAUUUAAUAUAUAACAAGUUUUAUUAUAAUCUUUUUAAUAUAAUUUUAAUAUAUACAUUUGUUUAUUAGAUAAACAGAUCUUGAAAUAUGAAAUUAUCUAUUUCUUGAUUUAAAAAAAUUUUCCAAGGUAGAUUUUUAGUGGCAUAUGAAAAAUUAACAAUUUUUAUUUUUAAUCAAAUAUUUUUGAUUCUUAAAGUGAUGAUUUCUAGAAAUUUAAUGUGUUCUAAUCCAAAGGUGGCAUCAGAUCUUUUUGUAAAUAUAGAAGAAUUCUGUUUGUUUUAAUAAUUUCAUGUUAUUGAUAGGUACUAAAGGCAAUAUCUAUAAAUUUCUUUUUAUGUUAAUUACAUCUUAAAAGCCAUUUAAAGUACAAAGUAUUUGUGAUUAUUUGUUGUUGUUGUUGCAUAAGUAAUUUAUUCACUUUAAUGAUAGAUUUAUUGAUAUAAAGAAUGUAAUUUAUUUUGUGUUCAAAUAGUACAAAAUUUGUUUAGAAUAGCUUCAAUAAUAAUCAAACAUAUCUUUGCAGACAAUCUUAUUUUUUAAAUUUUAUCUCAACAAUUUGAUUAACGUUUGUAUUCAAUUGAACAAAAAUAGGCUGAAGAAAUAUACUUUUUGAUACAAAUAAUGCAUUCUUCAGUAAUUUGGAUUAAUUAAAAUUGAGUUUUCAGGAUGUAAAUCCUUGAUUCAAAUAAUAUACAGAUUCCUAGAAAAAAGGCAUUAACAAACUGUUAUGAACUAUAUUAUUAUAUUUAUAUAAUUAUUGAAUAUUUUUCAAAAAAAUUGUUUUUUAUAAAUAGAGAAUUUUGUCAAAUUACAUCAAAUAAAAAUAUAAGAAAAAUGAAAUAAAUUAUAUUUCAUUUUUCUUAUAUUUUUAUUUCAUGUUUUCAUAAACUUCAUAAAACUAAAGUUAAAACUGUUAUGAUGAACAGUUGUAUUUUAAACUUAAAAUUUUCAGUGCUUUUACAAAAAUCAACAUUAAAAUAAAUUUUAUUAAAGUACUUUUACCUUUUUCUGAUAUUGGAAGUUUCAUUAGUAAAGUCAUUUCAUUGUAAAAUCUGUAUUGUUUUUGUUUUUUCCUCCUCUUUUUUUCAAAUUUGAAGUUCGUUCUAUUACAUAAAACUAUAGAAAAUUUUAAAUAUACUUGCUUUUUCAAAGCUGUUUAAAAACUUGUCCAUUAACUUAGGUGAAAUCAUUUAUAAAUUUGUUAACAUUAUUUCAGUCAUAGCCAAAUCUCAGAUUAAAAGUGUAAAAAAGUAAAUGAAAUAACUAGUUAAUUAAAAUUAUUAAAAACAGAAGCUUAAUUAUGUUUAUUAUUUAGCAUGUUGUUAACUUUAUACUUCAGGUUAUGAUUAAUCAUUAAUUUGUAGCCAUCUUAUUUAUUGAUAGCAAAUCUUUUUCUAUUUUAUGCAAAGAAUAUCAUUUUAUUGUUUAUACUGAAUUGAUAUUUAAAAUUCUGAUUGCUUAAACUUUGAAAAUAAACACUCUUCAGCACAUUAAAAACUAUCUAGACGUGACUGAAAAAGGCUACUAUAGUUCACUAUGAUAAAAGUGAAUUUUUAUCAAUAAUAUUUAAUUACUGAUUUAUAGAAUAAUGGACUCAAAAUACAAAUAAGUUAACACAAAAUAUUUAUUUAGUUUAAUUUGGUGUUCUCUUUGCAAAUUUUUAUUCAGUUAAAGUAAUUGAAGGUGUAAUUAGUUUAGGACACGCUGAUUUUAAAUUAUCUGGUACGAUGUACCAAGUUAAACUCAUUUUUACACUGUUGGAUGAUAAAAGUAACCUUUGCAAAGAUAAUCUUUAUAAUUUUAAAUAUAUAAAUUCACAUGUUGUAGCUUUUUCCUAAAAACCCAAUUUAAAAUAGCUUCCUCUGGAAGGUUUUAUUAAGGAGGACUAAGUAAAUCAAAUGUUAAUUAUUAAUCAAAUCAAAUUUGGUAGAUCUUAGUUCUGUGAAAAGAUUAACAAUAUAUUACAUUCCAGAAUAAUAUCAAAUGUUGUUAAUACUGAUACAAAAUGUUAUUGAUAUAGUUUGCUACAUGUUACCUAAAAUAUUGUCUUUCAAGUUUUUAUUUAAUAUAUUUAACAUUCCUGUUUGAUUUUCAAAUUAAGAUAGUAUUCCAUGUAAGGUAGCAUUUGGCAAAUAUUUACUACUUAAGGAAAACUUUAAACAUCAGCAGUGUAUAAUGAGUUCUUAUAAUUAUGUAGAUCUUGAAUGCUUAUCAUGUGAUAAAGUAUGCAUUAUCAGAAUCUACAAUUGCAACUUACUAAAAGUGUGAUAAAAUGGCAGUUAUAGAAGAAUAUACUUGAUGAUGAUA